AUGUCCCAGCCGGAUUCACGGAAUGUCGAAGUGAAGGCUAGACUCGGGAGUGAUGAGAAUUUCAAUCGAUGCGUGGAAAUCGCGAAGAAGAUCUGCUCAUCCGAAGGAGAAAUCAUCAAGCAACACGAUGUCUUCUUCAAUGCCACAAAAGGACGUCUAAAGCUGCGAUUCCUGGAGAAUACCCCAUCGCAGCUGGUGCAGUAUUCCCGGCCAGAUACAGAGGGUGCAAAGUUAUCCUGCUUCAAGAUUCUCGAAGUCACUGAACCUGAGUUGCUAAAAACAAUCCUGGAUGAGAGUAUUGGCACAAAGGGAGUGGUGAAGAAGACCCGAAUGCUCUUCUGGUACAAUCAAACGCGUAUUCAUCUGGACAAAGUUGAGGAUUUGGGGAAUUUCUUUGAACUGGAAGUUUGUCUCCAUCCAGAGCAGCAAGUUGAGGAAGGAACCAAAAUUGCCAAUGAGCUUGUUGAAAUUUUCAAAAUUAACCAGGAAGAUUUGAUUGCUGGUGCCUAUCUUGAUCUUCUUCUCAAAGAUUAAAGAACAUUACAUUUUCCAUCUAA